AUACAGUACUGCAGUUUGAUUCUUGCCUUUGUAUUGUUUAAUUAAAUGAAAAAUGAGUGAAACAAACCGAAUUUCUCAACUUUUCAAAGACCAAAACAUUCUAAUAACAGGAGCCACUGGUUUUUUGGGCAAAGUGCUAGUGGAGAAAUUUUUACGAUGCACCGAAGUGAAAAAAUUAUAUUUGUUGGUUCGGAGCAAGAAAGGAAAAAAUCCACAAGAGCGUCUCGACGAGCUUUAUAGUAACAUGCUUUUUGACGUUCUUAAACGUGAAAAUCCGUCCGUUCUUAAAAAAUGUCUGAUUAUUCCGGGCGAUAUCACUCAAGAAGGCCUCGGAAUCUCCACCCCCAACCGCAUCCUUCUCCAGGAAGAAAUUGAUUUUAUAUUUCACAGUGCCGCCUCCACGCGUUUCGACGACUCGGUCAAAACUGCCGUUAAAAUAAACACCAGAAGUACCAAAUACGUGCUCGACUUGGCACAAGAAUGCAAAAACUUAAAACUUUUGGUCCACGUUUCUACAGCUUAUGCUUUUCCAAACGUCAAGGUACUACAUGAAAAAUCGUACAACCCACCAAAAAACCCACAUGAAGUACUUGAAAUGAUCAAAUUUGGCAAAGACGAUGAUAUUGAAGAGCUACUUGGUGACGCACCCAACACUUAUACUUUCAGCAAGGCGUUAGCCGAGGCAUUAGUUGUGGAAAAAAUGGGCAUAGUCCCAUCAAUAAUAGUACGACCUUCCAUUGUGUGUCCCACCUUGGCCGAACCCAUUCCAGGAUGGGUCAACAAUCUGCAGGGUCCCAUGGGUUUGUUUGUGGGUGCUGGGAAAGGUAUAAUCCGCUCCAUGUACAUGCAAGGUGACUCGUACGCGGAUUUUGUACCGGCGGAUGUGACCAUCAAUGGUAUGCUUUCUGCCUCAUGGUACUACCUAAGUCACGACCAAAACGCCCAGUUUUACAACAUAACGUCUUCAUCACAAUACAAUUUUACAUGGGAGGAGCUCAUAACCACGGGCAAAAGUGUUAUUUUUAAUGAAGUACCAUUUAAUGGAGUUGUGUGGUACCCUGGUGGGUCGAUCAAAACAGUACGAUGGGUGCACGAGUUGUGUUUUUAUCUCUUUCAACUUUUACCAGCGAUUUUGAUUGACGUAAUUUUGGUACUACUUCGGUACAAACCAGUUUUGUACCAAAUUCAGAGAAGAAUACAAAAAGGGAAUGAAGUUUUUGAGUAUUAUACAAACCGGGCUUGGGAUUUUAGUAAUAGAAGAGCCAAUGAUGUCAAAGGUAUUAUGAAUGAGAUUGAGAGAAAAGUCUACAAAAUUGAUGGUGAAGGGUUUGACUUGAAGGACUAUUUAACGAAGUGUAUGUGGUGUCUCAGACGAAAUAAUUUGAAGGAAAGUGAUGAGACAGUACCUGCGGCUAGACGUCAUAUGAAAGUAAUGUGGGCCGUGGAUAUUGUAGUCAAAAUACUAUUCCUAGUAGUACUACUGUAUUAUGGGUACCAGUGGUACCAAACACUUACUCGUACCAUUUUAAGAUACUAAAAUGUAUGGUAUGGUUGUAUAUUUUUUGUAGUACUGCCAAUAAAACACAAUUAGUUAGUUUUUUAA